CCUCACGAUAAGUUACUCUCGUCAUACGUAAAUUCCGAGUUAUCUAAAUACCUAUAUACUAGCAUGAGGGGAGUAAGUCAAUACCUCUAUAUAAGUACUAUAAAUUGGUAUACGCUAAUCGAGAGUUACUAGUUUGAGGGGAGGCAAUUUGACACUAAUUUAAAUAAAAUACAAUAAUAAUGGCGGUAUUGGCGGUACAUGCGUCACGUGACAGACUUGUUAUUGGUUUAUUUUGAACCAAACGAAACCAACCUUCUUGCAAUAAGUCUGAACAAGUUUUACAAUACUUACUUCAUUGCAAUAUGUCUAAGCAAAACUUUUAUAUGAUUUUCUCAUUCCUUUGAAUGAAUUGACACAUUGUUUACCUGAACUUUCAUAUAACGUAAUUGAAAGCACAUAUAUUUUUACUUUUUCUUGAUAAAUUAGUCAUUAUUUAAAUAAGAUAUGCAAUAAAACCAAUUAUAAUUACAAAUUAUAAAGAAUCACUUUUUAUAAUGCAUAUUCCAAGACCCUUCUAAUAAUCGUUUUGAUUUUCCAUUAUCUGUAAAAAUGGGUACAAAAACAUUAAAUGAUAUUCAUAAUGAUAUGAAGCAAUUAAUAACAGCAAUUACUUCAUUUGAGCAAAGUGAAGAAGGAUUUCAAGUUUGCGAACGGUUUUGUAUGACAAGUAUUAAACAUCAUCGAUUCCUAUCUGUUAAUAGCAAUAGUACAAAAGAAGCUAUCAAAGCUCUAGUUACAAAGCUCUUAAUUCAUGGAAAGUAUGAUGUAGCAAAAAAAUUUGAAGAACUUGUUAAUACAUUUUUAGCAAGUUUCGAUUUUGAACAGCAUCCGCAAUAUGAUUUACAGUGGUAUUUAUUAACUUUACUGUUAGAAUUAUCCAAGGAAACCAGUAAAUCCAAUUUAGAAUGUUUAAAGUUCACCCGAGGAGAAUGUACAUUUAGUGCAACAGGUGAAAAUGAAAAUGAAGCAACGGAGGAAAUUGAUUGGGCCCAGUAUUUAAAAGAAGGUCAAGAAAAUUUCUUUGAUGAUUAUAAAAGUGACACUGAAAGUGAAUGGUCUGAUAAUAAUGAAGAUGUUAUUGAUAUGAAUACACAAUUUCAAGUAACUAAAAAUUGUACAGAUUCAGAUAAAGCAAUAUGCAUACCUACUACUGCUAAGACAGAAUUAGACACAUUGUCUAUGGCUUUAAACAAAGAACUUAAAUCUAGAAAUUGGUUAUUAUCAAAUGUUCAGAACACGUGGUGGCAUGAAUUGGAAUGGUGGAAAUAUCCAGUCAAGAGUCAAUUUUGUGAUGCUUAUCUUUGUGAAAUUUGGCAUAAAACAAUUGGAACAGAUUAUGAUACCUUUGGAACUCUCAGCGAAUAUCUAGUAUGUAGAGAAUUAUUGUGGAUGUUUUAUGCUCCAGCGCAUAUGGUAGUAUUUCAACAAAGUGAAAAUGCACAUUUCUUUAUUCGCCCCAAUAUAUCUAUACCCAGCUUAACAACUGUUGCUUUCAACAGUAUUCUUUUGCCACUUUGUAAAUAUUUUUCCAUGAUACACAAGAUGGAACAAUUCAAUGCUGAGAUAUAUUCAAAAGACAAUGGUCUUUAUAAAAAACCACCUUUUACAUAUGAAGCAUAUAAUGCAGCACUAGGAUGUCAUUUGAUGAAGUUUAAAAAUGAAAUAAUUGAUAUAGAAAAAAGAUUUAUUAAACAAGAUGAAUCUCUCACAUUGUUAUCUUUAUCAAUUCUUUUGAGGGAACAUUUAUAUAAUAUAAAGAUUUUGUACGAAGUUCAUCAAAGAGUUAUAUCUGAUUGGAAAAUUCAUCCAAAUUGGAUAUGCGCAUCUAAGUUAUUAUCAUCUCUGUAUUUUGAAAUGCAGAUAUCACAUAAUCGGAAACGAGCAAAUAUUUGUGCCAGUUUAUAUUUAUGUAGUCUUAGCGUUUAUUUAAAUAUAAUUGAUACAUGGUUAAGUGAAGGACGGUUUGAAGAUUGGAGAGAGGAAUUCAUAAUUGUCAGGUUUCCAAAUAAUACACCAUUUGAAUGUAAUGAUCAGUAUAAAGCAUUUUCUUUAAGGCCUUUGGACAGUUUGUGUUUAACAGAUCCAAUAAUGCAGUUUUUAAUCAAGAAAAUGCAGCGCAUGGGGCAAAGCGUUGAAUUGUUAGUAUCUUUAGACCGCAUUACAGACAUAUGGAAAAUUAACACUGAAAAUGAAACAAAAAUGUCUUUGGUUAAUGAAUUUUAUUCUAAAUUAAAGUUGGAAAUUUCUAAAUUCAAUAUGCAUGAAUCACAAAAAGAAAACUCUUCGCAUCAAGAAAAUAUAGAAACAUCGGAUAAGGAGGAUGAAGAUGUAGAAAGAACAAUUAUCCAACAACUGACAGAAUUCAACAACCUAUUUUUUUUAAAAGCUUUAGAAGACUACAUUCCUUCUGAAUUAUUACAAAAUAGUGAAACUGAUGUUUAUUGCUCUAAAACUAAGAAUACUGAGACUGAUUCUAACAGCUUAUUUGAAAGGCUUGAAAAAACAUCGUAUUAUAUUUUGCCAUUUAGAAAAAUAUUAAAAAACAUAUUGGCUGAAAUCUUAGUUUCAAGAUAUAAUAGUGCUAGUAAAUUAGUAAAAAAUAUUAUGUCAGAGGAAUAUAAAUUAGAAUCCCAUUUAACAUUAAUGAGAUCGGUGUAUAUGAUGGAAGCAGGACACAUUAUGAGUAAAUUUUACCAAAAAUUGUUUCAGGAGAUCGAAUCUAAUCAAAUGUGGAACAAUUCAUAUUAUUUAUCGUGUAUUCUUGAAGAGAUUCUUUCUCAAAGGUGGCCAGAUUCAAGUUCACGUUGGUCUGUUACAGUCUGUAGUACUCAUACGAAUCAAGUGUUAGUGGCUGCAGAUAAUAUAACAUUACAUUAUACAGUAGGAUGGCCUAUAAAUAUUAUAUUAAAUGAAGAAACGUUCAUAAAAUAUAAUGAAAUAUUUCGAUUUCAAUUAAAAUUAAAGUGGGCUUUGUGGACAUUGAAUAAUUUAAGAUUUUGCGAUUUGGAAGGAUCAAAAUCAAUGAGUAUGGUGAAAGACAAGUUGGAACAAUUUCAUAUAAGACGCAUUGAAAGUUUGCGAUUUUGUUUAUUGCACGCGAUUACCUCUAUACAUACGUACUUAUCAGGUCAAGUACUACAAAAUUUGAGUCUUGUAUUGGAGAAGUCUUUGAUGCAAGCUGAGUGUCUCGAUGUAAUCAUAUCAGUACAUAAUGAAUAUUUGCAAAAAGUUUAUGAACACUGUUUAUUAACACCCGAAUAUGAUGAUUUGAUGGCAACUGUGAAUAAUUUGAUUGAAAUGUGUAGUCAUGUUCGGGCUCGGUGGAACUAUAAAAAAUUAAUGUUUGCCAGUAAAGAUUUGGAUCUCCUAGAAAACAGUUACACUAAAUACCACACAUAUCUUGCUUUAGCACUUCACAAUGCAGUACAAAACAAGGAUGCAAAUUAUUUGACUGGCUUAAGCUCAGCAUUUAACUGCAGUAUGUCGUAUGUUUAAUAUUAGUAUGUUUUAAUAUUACAUUCCUUGAAUACAAUAGUAGUGCCAUAUGUAUAGAUAAUAACAAUGCAGCAUGUUAGCUGUAUUAUUGCAAGAACUUUUUUUUAUACUUUUAUUAUUAACUAUGUUAAUGCCUAAAAAAUGUAAUUGGUUUAGCAUUAACAAAACAAAGAUAUUAUUCCUAUCCUUACUAAUGCUUUAGCACCAAUUAUAUCAAGUCCCAUUUACAAAAUUGUAUCUUCAUGUCUUUCAUAAUUUCUGUAUACUAAAACUUAUAUAAUAUUUUGUAAAAUAUUAGUAAAUUAUUUUUUUUAACUAUACUCUCAAAUAUUAUGGU